AUGGAGAGGAUAAACCCCACCUUUGUGGAGGAAUGCAUUGUUCUGGAUCUUUCUGGACAGCUAGAACUUGAGAUCAUUUACUUUGUUCCUGUUCUGGUUGUGCACCUAGUGUUUCUAACUGGCAACAGUGUCCUGAGCACAGCAAGCAUCUUUGAUUCACGUCUUAAUUCCGGUCCUCCUAUCCCCAUGUAUUUCUUCCUGGCCAAUCUCUCUUUCCUGGAUAUCUGCUACACAGCUUCCUCUGUUCCCUCUACACUGGUGAGUUAUUUGGUUGGGAGAAACUCAACCUCUAUCUCAGGAUAUGCUUCUCAGAUGUACUUCUCUUUUGCCAUGGGCUCCACCGAAUGUGUGCUCCUCUCCAUGAUGGCCUAUGACAGGUAUGUGGCCAUCUGCAACCCCCUGAGGUACCCCGUUAUUAUGAACAGGAGAGUCUGUGUACAGAUUGCAGGCAGCUCCUGGGUUACAGGCUGCCUCACUGCCUUGGUGGAAACUGGACCUGUGAUUCAGCUGUCUCUUUGUGGUAAUAGCAUCAUCAAUCAUUUCACCUGUGAAAUUCUGGCUCUCUUGAAAAUGGCCUGUGUAGACACUUCCAUGGUGCAGUUAAUUAUGUUAGUGAUCAGCAUCCUUCUUCUCCCAUUGCCAAUGCUGCUCAUUUGUGUCUCCUAUGCAUUCAUCCUCUCCAAUAUCUUGAGGAUCAGCACGGUGGAUGGUCGAAGCAAAGCCUUUUCGACAUGUGCAGCUCACUUGACUGUGGUGGUUCUGUUCUUUGGGACAGCUCUCUCCAUGUACCUGAAGCCCUCACCUGUUAACUCACAGGAAAUUGAUAAAUUUAUGGCAUUGAUAUAUGCUGGAUUAACACCAAUGCUAAAUCCUAUCAUCUAUAGUCUUCUGAACAAUGAUGUAAAAAUGGCUGUGAAAAAAUUAUUGAGGAGACAUUCCUUUAUUGCUAUCUUAACUUCUGUCCUCAAACAAUAUUAG